UCUGAGGAUAAAGAAGAUAAUAAUCCAAGUCGUGUAGAAAAUGGAGUAGUGGUAACACCAAGUAAUACAGAACUGGAUGAUAAUGGAGUUGGCUUCUACAGAACGCUGCUGCCACAGGUGUUGGCGAGUACAGCAAAAAAUAUGUUACUAUUCGACUUGGGUAUGGCUGUGGCAUUUCCUACGAUAGUAAUACCAGAUCUUAUGGGAGAAGAUAGCUCCAUUCGAUUAAAUAUAGUUCAAAUUUCUUGGUUUGGAAGUUUAGCAUACAUCUGCCAACCUUUGGGAAGCCUGGCAUCAGGCGUUUUUCUGGAAGCUUUAGGAAGAAAACGAGCAAUGUUAUUAGUUACUCUGCCCCAUAUAGCCGCCUGGAUAAUCAUGUUUUUUGCUGGAAAUCAAGCCAUGCUUUUUACUGGAGCUGUUCUUCUUGGUCUUGGGGUUGGCUUCAUGGAAGCUCCUAUAUUGACUUAUGUUGGAGAAAUAUGUCAGCCACGGUUUAGGGGUAUUUUAACAGCCAUGGCAGGCGUUUCGGUACUUUUGGGUGUUUUUCUCACUUAUCUUCUGGGUACCACUUGGCAUUGGCGCACUGUUGGUGGAGUUUUGUCCAGUGUUCCGAUCAUCACAUUUUUUGCCAUCUGUUUUAUUCCUGAAACUCCUAUGUGGUUACUAUCGAAAGGCAGGCGAGAAGAUGCUUUAAAAUCACUAUGCUGGUUAAGAGGUUGGGUUACUCCAGAUAAAGUAGAAAAGGAGUUCCAAGAAAUUGAACAAUAUGCCAAAACAAUAAGUCAAUGUACUGAAUGCCGUAAAAAACGUUUGCAAGAAGCUUGUCCACAUGGAGGAGUCAAGUGA